GAACCCCCGACUGACACAGACUCUUCCUCCUCCUCUGCUGCCUCGGCUCAAGUGACCAUGUCUGCUGAACAUAAACAAAGGUAGAGCGAUGACUCAGGUCUGACCCUGGAGAUGCCGAAGAGACGUGACAUCGUCGCCAUCGUGUUGAUCGUGUUGCCGUGGACACUGCUCAUCACUGUCUGGCACCAGAAUGCCAUCACUCCUCUGCUUGCCACUCGAAAGGAUGACAGACGUGACGGUCGCUCCAGUUCCAGGAACACUUUUGCUUUCAAGGAGUCCUGCUCAGUUCAGAACCGGGACAUCGUGGAGGUGGUGCGCACUGAGUACGUUUACAGCCGGCCUCCACCAUGGUCCGACAUCCUGCCCACAAUUCACGUCAUCACCCCCACCUACAGCCGACCAGUGCAGAAAGCUGAGCUCACACGUCUGGCCAACACUCUGCUGCACGUCCCAAAUUUGCACUGGAUCCUGGUGGAGGACUCCCAGAGGAGGACAACCCUGGUCAGUCAUCUCUUGCAGGACACAGGACUCAACUACACCCACUUAAAUGUGGAGACACCCAGGAACUAUAAAGUACGAGGGGACACUAGGGAUCCCAGAAUACCUCGGGGUACCAUCCAGAGGAACUUGGCCCUGCGGUGGCUCAGGGAGACGUUUGGAGUAAAUGGCAGCCAGGCAGGGAUCGUCUACUUUGCAGAUGACGACAACACCUACAGUCUGGAGCUGUUUGAUGAGAUGCGGACGACUAAAAAAGUGUCAGUGUGGCCCGUGGCCUUUGUGGGUGGACUUCGGUAUGAGUCCCCUAAAGUUAACACCUAUGGAAAGGUGUACGGCUGGAAGACUGUAUUCGACCCACACCGGCCGUUUGCCAUAGACAUGGCUGGGUUCGCAGUGAACCUGCACCUCAUUCUGUCCAAACCUCAAGCCUAUUUCAAACUGCGAGGAGUGAAGGGAGGAUAUCAGGAGAGCAGUUUAUUAAAGGAGCUAGUCACCCUCAGCGACCUGGAGCCUAAAGCUGCUAACUGCACCAAGGUAUUAGUAUGGCACACACGGACGGAGAAGCCUGUGCUGGUAAAUGAGGGCAAGAAAGGAUUUACAGACUCUAAUGUGGAGAUAUGACAGACUUUAUCUGACACAGAGGAGGCGUAUCUCCCUUUGAAUUCUUCCUGGAUUCACAUCCUCAGAGCUUCUCAAAGCAAUAGCCAGGGUCAGACAUAUUAUCACAGCAUCAUAGUAGCUGUCCGUCAUCACAGCUUAGACAAGGAGACGUACACCAGUCCACCCUGGGAGGUCACAUAAGCCAUGUGCGUGAUCCGGCCACAGAGUAUCAAAGCACAACUGCACAAAAACAAACAGGCCUGUUCUGCUCGGAGCUGCGGCUGAUGCGAGACACUGGUUUGAGGUGCCAAAAGGAGCUUGCCAACUGAUGUCUCCCUGGAGAGAUUUCAAACUGCACGAAGAGAUGGCACGGCAAGCAAUAAAGAGCCCUGUGAGCGCAGAAAACACCAGCCUACCAUCCAAUUAGCAUUAAAUAGGGCCCUUUUGUUCUGGAGCGAGCUAGCUGUCGGGCACAGGGCUGCACAGAAGAAUAAAGGGGUCCUUGUUUGAAGUGAGUCAGCAGUGACUGACAGACUGCAUUGAGGGGAUCUGAGCCCUCCCCGCGUGUACUGUACAACACUGAGCUAUUUAGAUAGCACCAUGAACCCAGCACUAAUUAGGAGUCCUGUUACUCCUCAACACACACACACACACACUCUGCACAUGAUGAACACACACAUUCACUUGAAAACAGAGCAAUGAUUUAUUGCAGCACUGUCUCACAGCUUUGUCUGUUCCUGAUAUGCUGUAACACUACUGAGGUCUCCUCAUAUUCAAGAGAAGAUUCAGUAUUUCUAAGGACCUGUCGACUUCAUAGACUUCUUCAUAAGCUAAUUAAGAUCCCACUGGGAGCACUGACGGUUUCUCAGCCGAAUUAUUUAUUGUUUCAGAGUAACUGGUUCCAUCCACUUCUUAGUCUAAGCGCUGCUUGUGUGAGUCAAUGGGAAAUGAGGCCAUUAUUAAGGAAAUUCAUGUGCAUCCUCUCAAAUAGCCGUGUUACACAAUCUAAUUAUUCCCACCAUGGAUGGCUGGCUUAAAAGUGAUGGUUUCUUAUUCUGACUUGUAGUGGCACAGCUAAAAAAUUAUGUUAAUGUUCUGGUAUUCUGUUUGAGUUCGGUAAGUAAGUUAUUAGUAAUAGGCAUGUAAAGUCUUGAACUUUAACUUUUAGAAAAGGGUCUAAUGCUGCUACUGGUAGUUUUUAAAGUUUUGAUCACUCCUUCCACCUGCCUGUUGUCAUUUGCUACAAUGUUCAUUCACUAUUUUUAAGAAGAAGAUUUUUCCUCCGGCGUCACACUCAGGGUUGGAUGCUCAAUGCUUUUGCAAUGUUUACGUCUGUGUUCCAGGUUUGCUUAUUAAGUAACCAUAAAAAAAAAAUUUCCCCAAUACUUAAUACAUAAAAUAUACACCAGAGUUAAAAUCUGGAGGAACAUCAGGCCACACUGGCAUCGACUUGGUAUUAACAAGAUGUAUGUAGUCUGUACAUCUACAGAAUAAGUCCCAUGCAUGAAAUAUAGGGUAUACACCUUCAUACAAAAACGAUAGUAUAGUGGAUAGAGCAGGAAACUGAGAGAGAAUUGGGGAAGGCAUACAGGAAAGAAGCAGCAAGCUGGAAUCGACCCUGGGCUGCCCGCUAUAUGGGCGCGCAAUUUAACCACUAGGCUAAGUCCACACCGAAGCACCUAUUUUUAAUGAUAAAAUGAGGCCAAGACCCACUGUUAGAUAAGACCAACCACUUCUGUGUGGAAAAGAGGUUAGCCAGCAGCUUUGUAGAACAUUGGUAAAGGCUGUAGCUAGCUGUGACUCAACUGUUGGUACCUUUUGAAUUGUCAUAUUUGCGGCUUAAACUUGAAAUAUAUCGGGUAGUAAGAUGGCUAAAAAUAAUACUAGACCGCUAGCUUAUGUAAGCUAACAGCAAUGUUUUAGCUAGUGUGAAAUCUAGCUUUAGCUGUCACGGCGUUCCUGUCAGUGUUAUGAAUUGCUACAUGUUGUUUUAACUUAAAACGCCCUGCACAUCUUCUUACCAAUCUCAAAUCAGCAAGACGGAUGCACUAAAUAAGUAACACUUUGUCAUAUUCCUGACAUUUAUUUAAUUUGCAAACCUGAAACUACGUAGUAAAACAUUAUAACAGCAUUUGUGCUUCUCCUUUCAGAGGUAAAAUGGUCGGUGUGUGAAUAUGUGGAAUUUCCAUACCUGCAUUGCCCAAAAUAUUCACAUAAGCAAUACAAACCUUACAAUAAUAUUGAGAAUUACUGCCAUCCACAAACAGAAACUAUUAUUAGAAAUCCAUUUUCAGAAUAAGAGGGACAACUUGGCAUAUCUGCUCUGUGUGUAAAGAAUCACUGUAAUUUAAGGUACUGUAUGUACAUAGCUAUAAACUGCUCCAAGAAACAAA